AUGGCUACUACAGCACCAAAUCCAGGCCUCUCAGCGAAAGGCGCUCCCAAGAUCUCCCUCUGUCUGACCAUCCUUCGCGGCGCAGCCAUCGUUACUUCACUCGGUGCUCUCAUCACAGCGGCGUACAACAUCUCGCACCUAAGCAGCUGGUCCCGAUACUACGGCGGUGAUGGCCCAGCAGGCUUCAUCAUCUUCAACGCUAUCUUCACAUGGCUCACCCUAGGCUCAAUGAUAGCCCUCGAACUGUUCGCUCCCCAACUCUACAUCCGUCUUCUCUUCCUCGGCGGUCUCGUCAUAUCUUCGAUCUUGUGGCUCGCUGCUUGGACGUGGGCUGCUGCGUGGACAGCGGACUUCUAUAAUGUGUAUGUCAGCUACAGCAUUCAACGGGUGAAGGAGCUUGAUGCGUGGGGUGGUUCGAUGGCUGCUGGUACGGCGCUUGGUGGUGUUACUUGGAUCUUGAUUGUUGUUAUCACUGUCUUUUAUGUCAAGGCUUGUUUGGCUGAUCCUAACGGCUCAACUUUCGCGCCCAAGCCGAAGAAGGAUGUGGAGGCGGCUGAGCCCAAGGCUGAGGCCACUGCUGCGUAG